AUGUUCAUUUUCCAUAAGAGUUUAGCACCGUGGUCAUUACAGCUACUCCUACCUAAACGAGUAUAUACGAUUCGUACUUUUGGAAAAGUUCUUCGUCCGUAUCAAGAAGAAUGCAUUGAAUCCUGCUGUAGGGCAUUCAAAGCAGGGAAGAAAAGGGUUGGCAUAUCUUUGGCUACAGGAUCUGGCAAGACCGCUCUUUUCCCUCAUCUCAUUCAAAAGACACCGGAAUUAAGAACUAAUGCGAAUCAAUGUUUAAUCCUUGUGCAUCGAAGAGAACUUGCUCAGCAAGCGUAUGCGGUCUGUUUAGAAAGUUUUAAAAAGGAGAACGUUGAAAUCGACAUGGGCUCACAGCAUGCUACUGGCAAGGCUCCCAUUACUGUGGCAUCUCCUAUGUCACUAAAAGGAGAUCGAUUACAAAAAUAUAACCCGGAAAAUUUUAAACUAGUUAUUGUUGAUGAAGUUCAUCAUUUGGCAGCUCCUACCUACCUUCGGGUUUUGAGACAUUUUGGGGCAGAUGAAGCAAAUUCAAAAGUCUACUUAGUUGGUCUCACAGCAACAUUUUAUCGUGCGGAUGGAAGGUCGCUUAGUAAAGGUGUUGACGAGAUUGUGUACCAUAGACAUUUUGUUGAUAUGAUAGGUGAAAAGUGGUUAGUUCAACAAAAAGUAAUUGGAAUAAACUGGUCACCGAACUUGAAUUUAGCAGAAUCAACGGAUCGUGAUGAUCGCGAAGCGUUUGAGCGUGAAGUUCAGUCAAAAUCUGCCAUUUUUCAGAUUCCUCAGGCUUGGAUACAACAUGCCAAAACCCGCUCUUCGACGCUUGUUUUUUGUACAACAGUAGAGCACUCGCUGAAAGUUUGUAAUGCUUUUCGAACAUUAGGAAUUGAUGCUAAGGUUCUAUCCGGUCACACUAAUUCAGAUGAAAGGAAAAGUUUAGUACAAAAAUUUCGAGAGAAAAAGUUUCCCGUACUUGUAAACUGCAUGGUAUUAACCGAAGGUGCUGAUAUUCCUAAUAUUGAUUGCCUUAUUAUUGCUCGACCUACAAACUCUCCUAAUUUAUUGACGCAGAUGAUUGGAAGAGGUUUACGCCUAUCUCCUGGUAAAGAAGAUUGCUUAGUCUUGGAUUUUUGCAAUUCUUUUAAUCGCGUUCCUCUUCAUUUGCAACCCACCCUUUCCGGAAUUAUUGAAUUUGAUUCACUCUCUGAACCAAAGAAGAUAAAUGAGGCCAGCUCGGAAAUUGCAGACUAUGACCCUGGAACAGCUGGUAUUCAUAGCAUUCUUCACUAUAGAAAAGCUCGACAGCUUUCUGAGUUAUUGAAGGAUAUGGAAAAGAACGACCAGAAUAUAUAUUCAAUCUCACGUAAUGCUUGGGUACCUUUGAGAAUGAAUCGCUAUGCUCUGUCAACGAAAUCAGGAGCACUUGUCGUCGAUACUGACAUUGACUCUGGAAAUUAUAGUGUAAUCGCUUACGAAAAGCAAAUUUUAGGCCAAUAUACUUAUAAUAGAAAGAAAGUAGUAGGAACCAAUAUCAAUAGCCUUGCCUUGGCAAUCCGAGGAGCCGACAAUUAUGCCGAACGCUACAAGUUACCACCUGCUUUGAUUUUAAGAAACGCUGCCUGGAGAAAAAAGCCCGCUUAUGAUUCCCAGAAGGAAAUACUUAAAAGCAAAAAGGUUCCUUUUGAUGAAAAGACCUUGAAAGCUGGUGGUGCUGCUGAUAUGAUCACUAGACUAAUUUAUGGAAAGAAGACGACAAAACGGAAGGAUCAGUUACAAAACUAUUUAUCAAAUCCAGGAAAAAUUGGACGUUUGAAGGAGUUCAAGGCAUAUGUACGGAAACCGUAG